GAGAACCUAACUGCCUGAAGAACACUUUUCCUUUAGGCACCAGGGGUCCACUCAUCCUACCUGUUGUGAGCUGAGUGACUGACAGGACAAGCAGACAUGGGGAAGCAGAACAGCAAGCUGCGUCCUGAGGUGAUGCAGGACCUGCUGGAGAGCACCGACUUCACCGAGCACGAGAUCCAGGAGUGGUACAAGGGCUUCCUGAGGGACUGCCCCAGCGGCAACCUCUCCAUGGAGGAGUUCAAGAAAAUCUAUGGCAACUUCUUUCCUUAUGGAGACGCUUCCAAGUUUGCUGAGCACGUCUUUCGCACGUUUGAUGCAAAUGGCGAUGGGACGAUAGACUUCCGAGAGUUCAUUAUCGCUUUAAGUGUGACGUCACGUGGCAAGCUGGAGCAGAAGCUGAAAUGGGCCUUCAGCAUGUACGACCUGGACGGGAACGGUUACAUCAGUAAAGCUGAGAUGCUGGAGAUCGUACAGGCAAUAUAUAAGAUGGUGUCCUCUGUGAUGAAGAUGCCUGAGGACGAGUCCACGCCUGAGAAGAGGACAGAGAAGAUCUUCAGGCAGAUGGACACCAACAGAGACGGUAAGCUAUCUCUGGAGGAGUUCAUCAAAGGAGCAAAGAGCGACCCCUCCAUCGUCCGCCUGCUGCAGUGCGACCCCAGCAGCGCUGGCCAGUUCUGAACCUGAGGCAUCUCCACAUUCUUGCUUCUUUUGGUGACUCUACCUGUGGUUCUCCUCUGUGGAGCACACUGAUGAUGACUAACAUGACGAAGAUGAUGAAGAAGCCAGGUCUUCUGUAUGUACUGAGGACUUGUAAAGAUGGCACAGGAACCUAAUUAUCUCUCAGUUCCCUCUCCCUCCCACCACUACCCCACCCCGCUCCAGAACAAUCAAACAAAGCUGUGUGUUUAAACCUUUCAAAUUCCAGCAGAGAUGAAUCUGGUCAGAUCUAGAACCCCCUCUGACUGGAACUGGUUCCUCAGUUCUCCUUUGGGCCUGUUAGAGCGUAGGUUGUAUAUAUGCAGUAUAAACUGGAGUCUCUGUGUCCGUGUCUUUGCUUGGCUCUCUGUACUCUGAGGUUCCAGUCGGGUCCACACUGAGGCCAGAUCACUUGUAUUUGUGCCGGAGGCCGUGAGAGGAAGAGACCUGAUGGUGUUGAGGAACAGUACGCACUGUAGGUGGGAUCGUUUCAUCUGCACAGGACCUGUGAAGUUUGGUCUCCGCUCUGCUUUUAGUUUCUUCUUUUCUACUGUGACAUGUCUUUUUUAUUUUUUUGUUAGACUUUGUUAUGUGCUGGAACAUAAUAAGCCUCUGUUGUUAUGCUACUAUGCAUCUGCUCCCUAAUGUGAUGAAGGAUGAAUAACGUCCCUCCUUCCAUCAUCUGUUCCUGGUUAUUAGAUUCAUUUUCAGUCAUACAGUGAGUCUUUCUGUGCUCUAGCUUACAAUAUAUUAGAACAGUCGUCUUCACAGGUCUUUGAGUACAGUGUAGAUAUUUUAAAGUGCACCUGAACUUGUUGAGCAAAUCCACGUAGUCCAGAAUGUUCGGACGGGACAAAAAUGAUGUGAAAUGAUAUUAGAAAAUGUUUAUUUAAGCUUUCGUGGGCUAUCUCAAGCAUGUAAACCAAGGUUUUUAUUUGAUUUUAUUAGGUUAUGUGAAGAGCUGAUACAGUGUCUCACACUCACUAUGAACUGUUUUCUAAAUGCUGCAUGUUGAAUUAGUUAUUGGGUACAUGGACAAAUAGACCAACAUAACAUGUAUGCAUGUGACAUGACGCAUGUGUGUUUUUAGUGCUUCUAGAUAUCAAACUGCCAGCUGAAGGACAUGCUGUUGAUCAAGCAGAUGUUAUGUCGCUGAAAGCAUCUGGAGGGUUCUCCUCAUGCUCUUGGCUCUGUCUUCUUUCAGCUCCCUCUUUCACUCAGUUCAGGGGAUAUUUAACUAAACUCCCAGAAGGAUCAGCUUGAAGCCCUCGUGAAUGUAACCGAGCAGCAAAGCCGUUUCACUGACCGCAUUGUUUUUCCCGAUAAAAGAUUUGAACGUUCAGAUACUUUUUUUUUUAGUUUAAUUUCUAGAAAAGAUGCAGACC